CCCUCCCACAUGACUCCAGCCCCGCCCCCGCGUGGACACCGUCUGACAGCCUCCUGAAGUUUCCCGGGAGAAAUCCCGCACCGCGCGAGCCCCCUUUGAACCGGAGCCUUCGUUCGGCCUCGUUCCCGCGGAACUCUCUGGGUCUGUGUCCCGGGAUGGACUGAGGAGGAGGAGGAGGAGGAGGAGGGAGACAUGGCGGUGAACUCGGUGCACUGGUUCCGCAAAGGUCUCCGUCUGCACGACAACCCGGCGCUGCAGGAGGCCCUGAGCGGAGCGGACACGGCGCGCUGUGUUUAUAUCCUGGACCCGUGGUUCGCAGGCGCCGCCAACGUGGGAAUCAACCGAUGGAGGUUUCUGCUGGAGUCCCUGGAGGACCUGGACAACAGUCUGAAGAAGCUCAACUCCAGAUUGUUUGUAAUCAGAGGGCAGCCCACGGACGUGUUCCCCAGGCUCUUUAAGGAGUGGAACGUGACCAGGUUAACCUUUGAGUACGACCCAGAGCCUUAUGGGAAGGAGAGAGAUGCGGCCAUCAUCAAGAUGGCGCAGGAGUUUGGAGUGGAGACCAUCGUCAGGAAGUCACACACCCUCUACAACCUGGAUCG